CCCUCUUUCUCAAUCUUCUCUUUACUCAUCAUCAUCUCUCCGUGUUUCUCCAUAGCCGCCAUGGGUAGCUGUUUCAGCAAGAAAGAGUCUUCUUCUUCUUCGUCGAUUGCAGUGCAGCCUGUAGAUCCAAACAAGUCUCAGAAAAGCGAACAAGUAAUACCGCAACAAGAAACCACAAAGAAGGAAAGAGAAGAAAAUGAAAAAGAAGAAGAAGGGUUAGUAAAGAAGGAAAUAUUUGUGAUAAAGCAUAGGAAGAGCCAUGAAAAACGCUCUCUUCCUCAACAGAAUGAAGGUGUUGAUGAGGAGGAGGAAACGGGAAAUAACAUUAACAAUGUGGUAAGGACAUCAAGCUGCACCAAAGAAGAGGUAGAUGCCAUUCUCAUACAGUGUGGAAGGCUUAGCCGAAGUAACUCCUCCGGGAAGGCAGCUUCUUCAUCUGCCAGAAAGUACUCUGGUUCUAAGAGAAGUUAUGACUUCGAUCACAUUGAAACUAGUGAUGGUGUCGUUGAGAAGAAAAGUAGUGAGGAUGAAGAUCAAACGAGGCAGCACAGACAACGCCAUCGCCAUCGUUCUUCUUCUCAAGGUAGGAGGAGGACCCCCAGUAGAGAAAGAGAUCAACAGCAUCAACGUUCUGGUAGUAGAGAGAGAGGUGGUGGUGGAAGAAGAGUGAGCAGAUCGCCUGGUAGAAGAACUGAAAACAACACUAGUAAUACUAGCACUACGAGGCCUGGAAAAAUGGUCUCAGUUCCUGCUACUGUGAAUGUGGUGGAAAAAACAAACAAUAAUAUUAAUGGUGUUGUAGAACCAAUUAAGAGGAUUUCUGUAAAGAGAAAUGUUGCUUCACCUCGUUCACAGUCCCCAGCUAGAACUGCGAAGAUCUCAAAUGAUAGUCAGCAACACCCCUCUCUUAGUCGCACUUCUUCAAGGAAAGCUGAGCAUUCUCCUUUCAGAAGAAACCCCUUGACUGAAAUCGACACCAACAACAACAGACUUCAAACCAGAAGCAAAGAUAUUCCAGCAGAAGCUCUUUUAAUCAAGGAUUCCUCCACCAAUAUUCUCUCUCAGGCUCCAAUGCAGAAGCCAAAUAUGGAGAUUGCUGCUCAAGGGACUAACUACAAAGCCAGCAGCAGAGACGAGGAAGAGGCUAAAGCUCAGGUACCAAUAAAUAACAACGUUACUCUGCCCCAAACUUUAACAAGAAGUAGAUCUUCUAGGCGAUCUAGAGACCUAGACCUUAAUCCGGAAACAAUGUUGAAUCCUACACCAUCAUAUACGGCAUUAUUACUCGAAGACAUCCAAAACUUUCACCAGAAUAACACUACUCCUUCAUUUUCACUCCCACCCUGUGUAACCAAGGCCUGCUCCAUCCUUGAAGCCGUUGCCGACCUCAAUUCCACCACAAGCUCCAAUCUAUCUUGUGCAUUUUCUGAGGAUACCUACAAUAUUUCUCUUGUUGGAAAGAAAAUGACAGAGGGUAAAGACCCUUUUGUAGAAUCUGAGGUGCUUGCAAGUGAUGAUCUUACAGAGCCAAGCUUUCAUAAGUAUGUGACCGUAAGGAGGGGUGGCACAUUAGGAGGGGCAGAUUUGGAUGAGCAGGAAUCAUCAGGCAGCAACAGCUAUGUGGGUGGUGUUCAACAAAACUGGAAUCUUUCUUCCUCUUCAUGGGAACCUAAUUCAGCCGACUCAACCGACCGCUGGACCUCAAUGGAGGACGACCGGAGGCAUCUCUCUUCUGAAACUUGAAAGGGAUUGAGUGGUAGAAAGAGAGACACUAAUUAUCAGAAGGGUGAAAUUUGGCGAAGCAGAGCUGGAGUUGGAGCCAGUAAAAGUCUCCACACAGUUUCUAUCGUUUCAGCUGCUGCCUCAACGUAACUAGUUAACAUUUUAAUUGUAGUUUUCAUUUUCAAUUGCGGACGGUGAGGACGAUUUGAAUGUUGCAAACUCGCAACCAUGUUCUUGUUCAUUUCAAUCAAAGAAAAUUUGUUGUUUCUUCCGAUUGCUG